CUCCGGAAACAAUAAUUAUCACGCGGUCAGAAUACAAGACAAUGUCUGACCAUUCAGCACCAAACUCCAUGUCGAUCACAUGAUGAUCGUCAUGAGGCACCAUUACUGCUUAUGGCAUGGCGUCAUGCAACUCUGAUCAGAGGCGGUCAGUUCGGUGAGUUGCGCGAAUUCUGCCUAUGCAAACCGCCUUACUCCAGAGUAUGUCAUCGCAUCAAGUGAUCGUCUCUUACUCAUUCAAAGAACCUCUUGUGUGGGGUGUGCACUAGUCAACUGAUCAACUCGUCAUCACCUUUCAUCAUGGCAUCUGAGGUCUCUGCAUCGCAGGGAGUACCCAAACCCAAGAUCGAUCUGUCCAAAAAACUUUCAGAACUGCGUUCAAACCGCAAGUCUCAACCAGCGUUACCUUCCCGACCGUCCAAGGAACCGGCUCCAGUCACCCCGCCGCUUUCCAACCCCCCCGAUCUAUCAUCCCAUCAAUAUGCACGUCCGGUUCGCCGAAUCUUAUCAAACCAUGACCAUCAGUUGUUCCUUUCCUCGCCGUCCUAUUCUCUAAUCCUUGCUUUCAUCUUUGGUCUCUCCGAUUCAGUUCGUGGGCGUGCAACCACAGACACCAAAGAUCGUCCGAUUUCCCCCAACGUCUCCAAAAUUCUCUCCGUUGUUGACUCUAUCCGAACACUUCUGAAUCAACAUCCGUCUAUCGACCAGGGUGGCUCAAGAUUUGGUAACCCUGCUUUCCGCGACUUGUUUGACGAUGUCGCUGCGCAGAGCGCCAAGUGGCACCGGGAGAUCCUUGGUAUACAGGAUGCGACCGCCAUAGAAGAAGCGUCAGCAUAUCUCAUACACUCCCUGGGUUCACGAGAUCGUUUAGACUACGGUUCAGGCCAUGAAUUGAAUUUCAUGAUGUGGCUGUUAUGCCUGCGCCAGAUGCAGCUAUUCUCGACCGCAGACUUCGAGAUGGUCGUGUUCCGAGUGUACGUUAACUACAUGCUUCUCAUGCGGGACGUCCAGUCCGCAUAUUAUCUGGAACCGGCAGGCUCUCAUGGCGUCUGGGGUCUCGAUGAUUACCACUUCCUUCCUUUCCUUUUCGGCGCCGCCCAGCUCGUGGAGCACCCUUACAUAACCCCGUUGGCCAUCCACAACAAUGUAAUCCUCGACGAAGAAGGAGACAGGUAUAUUUACCUAGACCAGGUGCGGUGGGUUGAUAGUGUGAAAACGGUCAAAGGUCUACGAUGGCAUAGUCCUAUGCUAGACGACAUCUCAGGGGCCAAGAACUGGAGCAAGAUCGAAGGCGGGAUGAAGAAGAUGUUCGUCAAAGAGGUCCUGGGUAAACUGCCCAUCAUGCAGCACUUCUUGUUUGGCAGCCUGAUACCCGCAGCGCCAGGUAUGGGGGAGGCCGACGACGUGGAGACGGACGAGCAUGAUCAUACCCACGGCCACAACCACGCUCACACCGAUCAUUUUGGUGACUGCUGUGGAAUCAAGGUGCCGAGCACAGUAGCUGCAGGAGCCGAAGCGCGCAAACGAGGAACGGGCUUGCGGCCGAUCCCCUUUGACUAGUCCUGUACACGACCGUUACGAACCUGGCGUUGGAAGACAAAUCCAGCAUAGAAAUAAUCCGUAAAUACUGAAUAAUGAUACCAUUUUCAAAGACAAGCCCAUACAAAUACGCAUCCAAGUAGAAUAUCCAUU